AUGGAGCUCCCAAUGAUCAUGACUGUCAAAACUUUGACUCGUGCUGAUAAGGAAAGGGUACGAAGGAUCGUUACACCCAAGCCCACUUCAGGUCGAGUUGAGGUCCCCAAAGACAUAAUCGCAAUGUGGAAUUCCGAGAAGGGCAGGGAGCAGCUACUGCAAAUCUGGUGCAAAUCAGGUGGUGUGAAGGCGGUCUUUGUGGAGCGAGUCGAGUUCUUGAGCGUCACGGCCAAGACGAAAGCACUCGAGGUAAAGGGCGGAUUCUACUCCAAAGAAGACAUGAAGUCUGAGUUGGGCUACACUCAGGAUCGGAUUGACAAGAUUGUCAAGUGGGCGACCAAACGUGGACUGCACAGGCAAUGCGAGUACGAUGACUCCACUGCAGAGUUUUGGGUGAACACCCGUACUGAAGGCUCCAUGAAAAGGGAGGACUUGGAACGUUUGGAGAGGAAACGUUCCCUUGAGCAGGAUUGUGAUGCUAACCAAGCCCUCAAUUCCGAAAUGGAUUUCAACAUGGGGGGCUUUCCUAACCUCGGUGCCCCGGGGCCCUUGGAGCUAGAAGGUGAUGGUGCCAAGUGUGCAACAUGCAUGCACCAAUCACCAAACAUAUUCAACUUUCCUUGUGUUCAAUUUGCAUCUAAAACUCAUAAAUGCGUUUCUCAUCGGCAUUGA